AUUCUUCAUAUAGGGAAUUCCCUCUGACUUCUGGUUAAUUAGGAUAUUAAUGAAGAGUUAUCAAAAUAUGGUGAUUCCUAAGCUUCUUGGCGUGCUUCUAGUGUUGGAGAUGAUCAGUGGCAUCAGGUUUGGAGCAGAUGGUUUGAGUAUGGGGUAUUACAUAAUGAGUUGCCCAUUUGCUGAACAAAUUGUGAGGAACACAGUCACCAGAGCCUUGCAAGCUGAUCCAACCUUAGCAGCAGGCCUAAUCAGAAUGCAUUUCCAUGACUGCUUCAUAGAGGGAUGUGACGGAUCAGUUCUGCUUGAUUCAACAAAGGAUAACACAGCAGAGAAAGACUCCCCUGCCAAUUUGAGCUUGCGCGGCUUCGAAGUCAUUGACGAUGCAAAGAAGAAGCUUGAGCAACAAUGCCCAGGCGUAGUCUCCUGCGCUGAUAUACUUGCAAUGGCUGCAAAAGAGGCGGUCUUUUUGGCUGGAGGUCCGGUAUAUAUGAUACCCAACGGUAGAAAGGAUGGGACAAGGUCAAGAAUAGAAGAUACGAUGAAUCUGCCUGCUCCCACCUUGAAUGCUUCCGAACUCAUUAAAAUGUUUGGCCAACAUGGAUUUACUGCUCGAGAAAUGGUGGCUCUGUCUGGUGCACAUACGGUAGGUGUAGCCAGGUGCUCAUCAUUCAAGAACAGAUUGAGUGAUUCUGUGGAUAAUUUAGAUUCAAUUUUUGCAAAGCAACUGUCCAAUACAUGUAGCGCAGGUGAUAAUGCUGAGCAACCCUUCGACUCAACAAGAAACACUUUCGACAAUGCGUACUAUAAUGGACUACAAAAGAAAACUGGAGUUCUUACUUCAGACCAAACCCUGUUUGCAAGUGCAAGUACCAGAGGAAUUGUAAAUGGUUAUGCUUUCAACCAGGCCAUGUUCUUCAUUGAUUUUCAACAGGCAAUGGUGAAGAUGAGCAUGCUUGAUCCUAAGGAAGGUUCGAAAGGAGAAGUACGAGGAAAUUGCCGCAAGAUCAAUUAAAGAAGGAUAGUUGUGUGAAGAAAUUUGAGAAUAUAUAUUCAUGACUCUUCAAUUUCAAUUGAUGUGUAUUAUUGAUAGAAAAGCAGUAUGUCGUUAUUAUUCAUAUAGUGAAAUAUUACAUAAUAAUGGUCCUUUGAGUU